GAAAUCGAAUCCAUUUCGACAUAGACAUAUCUGUCAACAUCAAUCCGAAGUGCCCCCACAUUCAAUAAUGCAAAGGAUUGUUUUUUUUUUUUAAUUGAUGCAACAUGCUGCCAACAAUUUGCUGAAAUAAAGCGUAUCAUUCUGACCCAAGCAGAGACCGUACUAAAUGAUUGUGUGUGCCUAAUGGCAUACCAGACAGAAGUCUAAAUUGAAUACGUUUAGAAAUGUGGUACCAUGAUGUUUCUAGGAAGCAGAAGAACCCUCUCCAUUCUUGAACUUGUUCUUCUCAGUAGCAUUGACAUCAUCAACUCUACGAUCAGAGAGUCAAGGAGUAGUGAUCCCUUUGCUCAGACUUUGUCCUUGUUUCCAUCCCAAUCUAAGAAGAUCAAGCUCUCUCAGCUUCCAUGGCUUGCCUCUCCUCGUAAUCGUUGGCUAAACAGAUUGGGAGCCAUCUUGACCAGACUGACAGUGGAUUUGUCAUCAUCUGACGGCGGAUGAAGAUCUCUCCACCUAGGCUACCAUUUUUCAAUUCAGAAAUCUGAUGAAUUUAGGCCUUUCAUUUUUUUUAUUUUUUUAUUUUUAAUAAAACACCAAGCCACCCACUUAGGCUAGAGAGAGAGAGAGACAGAGAGGAGAUAUGAGAUCGGAUCCGGCGUACGGUCGGCGCGUGAGCGUACGUGCUGUUGUCGAAAUCUUUCUCCUACCGUUAAAGAGGUUUUUCUUGCUUCUUCUUCAUCGCCUCUCACCGAACGCCUUGUCUGAGUUCUGGAUUGGAGCCAUCCUCCAACGGUGGUUCCUCGCUUGGAGGGCAGACUCGCUUGCGUGGAGGUUCAUGGCGUGAGAAGAUAGGCUUGCAUGUUCAAGUGGUGAUUCCGGGAGAUGGAGGCUAUCACAGAUCCGUCAACGCCGGCUUUUCUCCGGGAGGUGGAGGCUCCCUCAGCUUCGCCGCCGCUGGUUCUAGUUUCCGGAGAAGGAGAGGUUUUCUCUGCUCCGUCUUCGCCGGUUUUGGCUCCGGAGGGUAGAGGCUCACAUAGCUCUACGCUGUCGGUUUUGGAACCCGUAGUCUUUUGGGGUUUGGUUACUAGUUUGGCUUUGGUGGAAGCUGCGUUGUGGCUCUUGUCGUCAGGAUGAUUGUUCGGGUCAGAAUGGAUGAGAUUUCGGUAGAAGAUGAAGCUCUCCAUCGACAGCGACGACGACAAGAGAAGAAAAGCAGAGGUCUCGAGUCUCGGGCUUAAAAUGCCCAGUAGGCGGCGUGUGAUGAUUGGGAUGAGCUCUCGGUUAGUACGAUGACGCUCUCUGUGACAAGUUCGACGGUGUAGAGCCGUUCAAGGUUCGGUGGACCCAUCGGGAUGAGACAAGAAGAUGAUAAGCUGACACGUGCUUCUGGAUAUGGCCAGUGUCGGUGAUGGGCUUUUAAACUUUAAGUCCAGUCUUUUAGUUUGUUGUUGGUUUAGUUAUUCGGAUCGUAGGCUAUUUUUUUUGUAAGGAUUUUGGACUGGGUCCUUCUCUAUUUAAUGAACAAAAACUUGGAAAAAAAAAACAUAGGCUUGGUUCAUAAAAAUAGUAUGAGAAAAACAGACUAUUUUUAUAAUUCUUGCAAAGCUUUUAAUUCAUAAAUGUUACUACAUAAACCCUAGAAACGUCUAAGUGCGAUCUCUCUCUCUCUUCCUAAAGAUAUGCGGGUGGUGAAUCCAUCCUUGUGUAUCGACGGUGCACAACCAUUGGUGUACCUCCCUCCUCCUCGCUCUUCUCAUUUUCCCGCUAAUGGAAAAUUCCAUGGGCGUUGUUACUAUCCUACGAGCGUUUCUAUGCAAUCCCAGAGCCAGUCAGUUGCAAGUAAAGGAGGAGCCAAAAGAUUUGGUUUCAACUCUAAUAGCAAAAGAUCUGUCUUUGCAUGUAACGCUGCCCUGAAUGCAAAAUGCAGUCAAGGGCAAACACAGACUGUUACUCGAGAAUCACCAACAAUCACUCAAGCUCCUACACAUGGAAAGGAGAAAUCCCCAAAGCUUGAUGACGGUGGAAGCGGGUUCCCACCCCGGGAUGAUGGUGGUGGUGGGGGUGGAGGAGGCGGUGGAGAGAGCUUCUCAGGUGGAUUCUUCCUUUUCGGGUUUCUUAUGUUCAUGGGUUACUUGAAAGAUUUGGAGGGCGAACAUGAAACCAGCCACUAGCUAGAGAGGGGAGGAAGGGGAAACAGACAGACAGACAGACAGAUCUCUAGACAAAGUAUUGAACCAGAGAUAAUAAAGUUUCUACUAGUGCUAGCAAUUAGGCACAUAUUUGUAUGUUUCAUCAAUUUUGAUCAUGAAUCAGACAGAUUUUUGUUAUCUCUGACAUAAAACAAAAUGCUUCAACUUUAUAACAAAUGUUCGAACUGAGGUUUGGGA